CCUUUCUUUGCCAGAUUGACUCAGAUCUUGUUCUUUCAUUGAUCUUUCUUUCAUUCGGCUUCUAAAAAAGUCUGAAGCCUUGAUCUGUUCGUGUGCAUCUUGGUGGUCAGCGCUGCAUCAAAAGAAAAACCCGUCUGGAUGCAGAUGAGCUCUACAACAACAGACAGAGACGAUACUAUUGACAGGAAGAGCUGGAUGAUGAGUGCUGCUGAGACUAAGUCGACCCUGGAGUCCAGACUGGAUGCCCUGCAGAGCCACUUCACCUGGGACCUGAUCUUUGGAAAGUCCAUCCUUGUCCGUCUCAGGGACACGCUGAAGGACAUCGGCACAGAUGAAAGAAACUUCUGGCUGGGUCAUGUUUACAACCUGCAGGGGUUCGUCCACUAUCACAUGGGAUUAGUUGAAGAGGCCCAGAGUUUCCUCAGCAAGGCCACCGAGGCUUUCCAUCAGAUUAGGAAGGGGGACUCAGAUGAGGGUCCCUGGUUGUUGGUGAACUAUGGGAACCUGGCUUGGCUGCACCACUACCUGGGUGAGGAGGAGGAGAGUGAGUCUUACCUGUCAAAGGUGGACGGCCUCAUGAAGGAGUACCCAUCUCCAUCCGAGGACGAGCUUCACCCAGAGGUCUACGCUGAAAAGGCCUGGACCCUGCUGAACUUUGGCAAAGAACAGAAGAAACAAGCUGCAGAUUAUUUCCAGAGAGCCAUCAGGAUGCAGCCGGACAUGGUGGAGUGGCAGACCAGCUACGUCCUGGGGUUGGUGAAUGCCUCCAAGCACAAGACGAAUCUGAGCACCGACGUCUUGGAGAAACUACGAGCAGCGACGGAGAAGGAUCCAGAGAACAUGUACCUCGCUGUUCACUGUCUCGAGCAAAAGGCAAAGGAAGGAGAAGACAUGGAGGAGAUAAAGGAUGAAGCUCGUGAGCUGGCUGAAAAGAUUUCAAUGAAUCCUGUUGGCAGCUACAGUGGAAUUAAAGCAAUACUGAGGCUCUACAAUGUACACAUUUCCUCUGAUGACGCCAUUAAUCUGGCAGAGGAGGCUCUGAGGAAGCAUCCAGACGAUCGCUACCUGAAGAGGUGUGCAGCGCUCUGCUACAAAUGGAAGAUCAUUAUCGAGAAGGACACACUCCCAAGGAAAAGCAUGAUGGACAGAGCCAUCAGUCUCCACAGGGACCUGAUCUCGCUUUAUCCCGACUCUGCUCUGGUGAAGAAGAUCGACCUCGCUAGCAUCUAUGCCAAAUCAAGUGAGGGCAUGCACAAAGCGGAGCAGAUCUACCAGGAGCUGCUGGAGGAGGAGAUGGAGCCCUUAGAGAAGCAGAUGCUCUACAACCGUUACGCCAAAUACUUGUUCUUCGACCUGCACGAGCAAAGCAAGGCAAUAGAUUAUCUCAUGAAGUCAGCAGAGAUACCUCACCAGAGCUUCUACCGUGAGAACAGCAUCAAAGACUUGGAGAACAUCCUGAGACGAGGAAAGAACCGACGGUGCAGCGAGAUCAAGGAGUUUCUGAAAAACCUGCAGGACUAUGAUCCUGUUGAAGCUUUCAAUGGAAAGAAACUCAAGAACAAAUCUGUUUACUUGAAGUAACGUCUAAUAACAAUAGACUAAAAGGGAUGUUUAGAACAAUUUAAUGUUUUAGAUCCAAACGUCCCGUGAAUGUUUUUAUGAUAUCUAGAAGUCUCUUUGGUUUGUUCUGGUGACACUUUAACUACUCUUUAACUUAAAACUGUAACUCUACUGAAUAAAUAGUGCUGCUGUCACAUUAUGAAAUGAUGCACAAACGUCACCUUGAUGCACUUUAACAGUUUGCUGCUGAUAUAUAUAUAUAUAUAUAAAUCACACCUUGAUUUAAAAACCUAAGAAAAAACAGAAGCAGAAGAAAUCUGCCUUUCACAACUACAGCUGUAGGUGAGCUGCACAACCAUCGCUAUCGUUUUGGUUGCACAUCUACUCAGGUCGUUUUCACUCCAGAGCUGUUUGGUUUGCUUUAAACGAACCACAGUUUGUUUCCUCAGAUAAAAAUGGAACCACGACUUGACUUCAGGACAAUCGCAGACAAUCAAACCCAUCUCAUAUUAACAUUUCGGAAAUUCCAAGUCAGGAUACGGAGGACGAAGAAGAGACGCUCACACACACACACACGAAUACACACAAAAUAAAUCUUAACAUUCGCCUUGAAGAAUGUGCGUCUAAUUUACCAUCUUCGGGAUAAUCACCUCUAAGAGAAAUGAUCCCGACCUUUUAACGAUCCCAAGUUGAUACUACAUAUAAAAACCCACAGAUAAGACGUCCACCAAUUAUCCAUCAACUGACUUGUCUUACAUCACAACAGAAAGUAAUAUUGUUUCUGGUUUGUAGGGUGGGAUCCGUUGUAAAAUGCAGAGGGGAAUUUGCUUGACAUGUAGUGGAACAGGGCUUUUCCUGUGGAUUCAUUAUAAAAGACAAGAAAUAUAGAGAAAGUGAAAUUUGUGUAGUAAGUAUAUUAUAUUAUAUCAUAUAAUAUACUAUACUACUAUUAUAUUGCAUGCUAUACUACUACUAUAUACUGUUUAUUCACAAUAACACUACCAUCAUAUCAUCAGUACCACUGCCCUCAUCCUACCACUGCACCUUAUCCACCUACUAUCUUGUAUCUUGAGUUUUCUAAGUGUCUUUGUCCUAUUUGUGUUUUUACCUUUGCCUUUAUUUUUAUACUACUAUUUUUAUAUAUUGUAUUCUAUUGUAUUUUAUUGUACCCAAUACCGGACUGCUGUGACAACCUAAUUUCCCUUUGGGGAUGAAUAAAGUUAUCUAUCUAUCUAUCUAUCUAUCUAUCUAUCUAUCUAUCUAUCUAUCUAUCUAUCUAUCUAUCUAUCUAUCUAUCUAGAAAUACGGUUAAAAUAUUUUGCCUGUUUUGGUCCUGUAAUAAAUUUGUACAGAUGAGAAACUGCGCCU